UGAGCACAAAUAAUGUCUGUGCCGCCAGCAACACUUGUAAUUAUUGGAGCGAGCGCAAACAAUGCACAGAGAAAACGACAACAGAAACAACAACCACAAAAGAGCAAGUCCAGUGCUCAGCAGCCAGAAGGUAAAGUUCGAGAGCAGUUACCCAAACAACAACAACAACAACAACAACAACAGCAACAGCAACAAGCACAGCCAAAUGCCAAGUUAAAUAGUUGCCAAAUAAGUUAAAAGCGAAAAAAAAACCCAAACAUUUGGCAGCUAUCUUAUCGGUUAUCUAGCGACUAUUUGUAAGGAUUUGUAGCAUGAAAAUACAUUUGCUAUGACAUAAACAUUAGACUAUAAAUUGACGGGGUGGGGACUGUAAAAUUUUAGUUAGACGACACAGCGAAGACGCAGCUGAACGCGAGCGAAAAAUUAAAUUUAAAAAAAAAAAAUGGAAAGCAGAACAACAACAACAAUUGAAGAAAUUAGCACGGAAAUAAAUGGCGCAAUAGUAAUAGAAAGUUUUGAAAUAGCAACAAUUGAGACGACGCCAACGCCGGCGAAGCGCGUGCAUCACGAACAGCAUCAUCACAAACAUCGUCAUCAUCACCGUCAACAUCAUGAUCAAAGGGCAACGACAUUAACCAUAACCGAUGUCAGCGAUGGCUUGGAUAUUACAGAGACUGAGCAGCCAGAGACAGAAAAUCACCACCAUCAUCAUAAAGACAAACAAGCCGAACCACAGUUGUCCUUGCCACCACCACUGCCCAAGUCCUCGCCACCCUAUCUAACGCCCAGCGAUGAACAGGACCAGUUUGUGUGGCUUACUGAUUUGGAUGCGUCGCCACAGCAGCCAGCAUCAUUAACUGAAGAGCCGAAGCCGCUGGCAAUGCAGACACCACCCACGCCCAGGAGCUCAACCGGCUGUCAACCACUCCAGACAGCAGCAGCAGACACUGCAGUGACAUCAGCAGCAGCAGCAGCUACUGUAAGUCAAACAGCGUUCAGCAGUGAGACUCAACUGCAGCAGUCUGCACCUGCACCACCGCCAACUGCAACAACCGAGCAGGCUGUGUCGCUAACGGAUUCGGAUGCGCUGCCACAACAGUCCGCGUCCUUGGCCACAGUUAAGCAGUUGCCACAACAAGCACCAGCCGCCAACAAUAGCUCUGAGUGGGUGGUGCAGUCGUUGACCGUGGCUGCAGCUCCUACAGCUGCAGCAACAGCUCCAUCAGUACGCCAAACGGAGCUCAUCAUUGAGACUCAACCGAUAAAGGGGGCGCCAUUGGCACAACCUAUGGUGCUCGUCGGCGAGGUAACUGCCGACACCAUCGAUACACGCAGAAAAUCGUACAGGGUCAGCAUGGAUUUGACUGCAUCACCACUGCAGGAGCCGAAGAAACGAUGUUGUUGCCGGAUUUCCUAAGAAAUUAAUCUUAAUCCUCACCUUUGAAUAGAGUUUUAACUGAGCUUUAAUUAGAGCUUUGAGUAACAUUUAAAGCUUUCUACUUACCUUUAAUAAAAGGCAAUGGAAUAUAUAAUGCAUUAGAUCGAGAGCGGCAUAGUGUGUGUUUUAAAGCUUCUUAAGUUCUAGUCAAUAUACAUACUUCGCAUAUAUUGCACUAGAGCUAGAGCUUCAUAAUUAAAGAUGUCUAAAUAAAAGC